GAGUCUUACUCUUUUGGGCAGGCUGGAGUGCAGUGGCGCGAUCUUGGCUCACUGCAACCUCUGCCUUCUGGGUUCAAGUGAUUCUCCUGCCUCAGCCUCCUGAGUAGCUGGGAUUACAGACGCCUGCUACCACACCUGGCUAAUUUUUGUAUUUUUAGUAGAGGGAGGUUUCACCAUGUUGGCCAGGCUGGUCUAAAACCCCUGACCUCAAGUGAUCCACCUGCCUCAGGGGUUUUGCUCGUUUUCUGGGGCAGUGUUUUGGGGUUUGCCUUUCCUCUGUGAGGUGCCGGGUUUUCCAGCAGGGUGUCGUUGUGGGAGGAACGGGGUGUUCACCAUGGCAACAGCUAAUGCUGCCAGCGUGUGAUGAGUGUUGCCUGCCAGCACUGGUGGGCGCUUUCCGCUGCCCCCGUGUAGCCCCCACCACCACCUGUGAGAAGGCAGCGCCACUCCCACUGUGCAGACGAGGGAUUGAGGCUCAGGAGGCGGCAGCUGUAGGGGUGGGCUUGGGGUCCGGGAGGAGCCGCCCUGCAGGCCUCCUGUGAAGCAGCGGGCUUCAUGGCUCUUCCCCCGUCCUCCUCACCUCCACCUGGGCCUGGGGACGGCUGCCACACACCUGCUUCUGCUGCAUCGCGCACACUAAGUUCUCCUGAGACCCAAGCCUCAGAGGACCGCCUCAGCCCCGGGUUGAGCCUGGCUGGCAUCUGAGAACCCAUGUGGUCAGGAGAUUGCAGCUGAGAAGGCGCGAAGCUGCUGGUCCCUGAAAAGCUGCCGCCUACCCUGGUCUGGAGCCCCUGCGAGCUGGCGUAGAGCAGGAAGGGGUUGCAUCACAGCUGAGUCCUCCCCUGCGCAGCGCAUGGUACCGAUGCCACCCCACCGAGGGCUGUUCUGGGGCCCAGGGGCCACGUCAGCCAGGGUGUCGUCCGCCGGGCGUUUGGAGUAAGCAGGGAAAGGUGUCGGCGUCCAGCAUCCUGGUGCGGAGAACGCUGCCGAACCACUGUGAGAAGGCGGGGAGACUGCUUGUCAGGCCGAGCUGACUUCCUGGGCGGUCGGGAGAAGGAUGUGCAGACUGUGGAACUGGCGGGUGUCAGGGACCAGAAGUUACGAAGGCGGUGGGAAGAGGAGCAGCUGCGGGAAGAAGGAUUGGCUGCCAAGACCAUGGGCUGUGGGCAUCCUCAGGGCAGGAGCUGGGUGGAAGAGGGGCCUCUUCAGUCCUCUUGGAAGCGAAGGGAUCGACUACAAGACCACCACAAUCCUGCUGGACGGCCGGCGCGUGAAGCUGGAGCUCUGGGACACGUCGGGCCAGGGCCGGUUCUGCACCAUCUUCAGGUCCUACUCCAGGGGCGCUCAGGGGAUCCUCUUGGUGUAUGACAUCACCAACCGCUGGUCCUUUGACGGCAUCGACCGCUGGAUCAAGGAGAUCGAUGAGCAUGCACCCGGAGUCCCCCGGAUCUUGGUUGGAAACCGGCUGCACCUGGCCUUCAAGCGGCAGGUCCCGACGGAGCAGGCCCGUGCAUACGCAGAGAAGAACUGCAUGACCUUCUUUGAGGUCAGCCCUCUGUGCAACUUCAAUGUCAUCGAGUCCUUCACGGAGCUGUCCCGCAUCGUGCUCAUGCGGCACGGCAUGGAGAAAAUCUGGAGGCCCAACCGAGUGUUCAGCCUGCAGGACCUCUGCUGCCGGGCCAUCGUCUCCUGCACCCCCGUGCACCUCAUCGACAAGCUUCCACUGCCCGUCACCAUCAAGAGCCACCUCAAGUCCUUCUCGAUGGCCAACGGCAUGAACGCGGUCAUGAUGCACGGCCGUUCCUACUCCCUGGCCAGCGGGGCCGGGGGCGGCGGCAGCAAGGGCAACAGCCUUAAGAGGUCCAAGUCCAUCCGCCCACCCCAGAGCCCCCCCCAGAACUGCUCGCGGAGUAACUGCAAGAUCUCCUAGCGGGGACGGGCGGGGCCGCCUGUGCAGAUGCCAGGAGGGCUCGAGCUGGACACUCCUGGCUGGACGCCAGGCCAGUGCCGCCUGCGUGGAGACUGUCCACACAGCUGCCUCAGAAGCGCCGGGCUUUCCUCACACCUGAGCCGGGUGCGAGGAGGAGCAUGCACGGACCACGCGCGGCAGGCGGGAGGAGGGGGCGCGGCUGGGCUGCUGGUGCUUCCGGGAAUCUUGGUCUGAAACAAGCCGGGCCUCCCCAGCUGCCUGGGCUCGACCGGCGGGGAACCUGGUUGGCCUUUCUUAUUUAUAUAGAGAACACUUCACUUUUUUGUACAUUUUUAAGGGGCCUUCAGGGAAGCCUGGGUGUGGCCCGGUGGUGGUGCACUGGUGACUUCAUGGCCACGCCAGCUGUGGGGACGCACUUGGGACUCCUCGAGAGGGGAUUCGCAGCCGCGAUGGCAAGGCAUCCUGUGAAUUCAUGCACUGCGAGUGGCGGGGCUGCCCAGAGGCCGGGGGAGCAGACAGGGCCGGUGCUCCCUCUGGAAGCUUGGGUGACCUGGUCCCUGGCUCCCACGGGAUGGAGGGUGUGGUCCUGUGGUCAGAGCCCAAGCAGCACUCAGGAGAGGGGAGAAAGGAGGUGCACCUGGGAGCCCACACUUUUGUUGCUCCCCAAAUCCCUCCCCACAUGGGGCUGAGAACCUUCCUGCUGUGAUGUGACACCUUCGGGGACAUUGACCACUCAAAACUCAGAUCAUCUCGCCCACCCUGGAGAGUGCAGAGCUAUCUGUAGACUUAGGAAUACUCGAUGGGCAGCGGUACAGACCCCGGACACCUGCGUGCAGCCUCCUGUUCUCGGCAGCUUCUGUCGCUGGCCCUGGGGUCCCCACAGCUGCAGCUCUCCUGUGAGGUUGCACGGCAUCAGAACCAUCCUGACCUUCUUAGGGACGUGCCUGGAACCACCUCGUCCACGUCCAUGUCCACCUGGGGGUCUCGGGAGGCUAGGCCCCUCCUCAAAGGCCCACCAGCCCGGCGCUCAUGCUGAGCCCCAGGCACGCAGGGCCGGCCACCUCUCUCCUGAAGCCAUUGGCUGCUCCUCCACCCAGUGCUUCUGCCCAUGCCUGCCCCAGCAGCCCCUCUGCAGGGUUGCCGUCGCCUGGGCCUGCCCACAGCACUGGUGCUCACCUCUACCUCCUGUCCUCAGGCCGUGCGGCACAACAUGGCCAGCACGCAGAAGGAGCCCUCCCGGGACCCAGGACCCCCCCGUGGUGGACUCCGCGGCACAUGCUUCCCAAGGUGGUCCCACGGAGGGUGUUACUGGGCACCAGUGGACUCGCCCCAUGGCCCAUUCCAGGGAGAUGAGGGCUGUGGCCUGCGUGAACUACCAGAUGAGUAAGGGAACCCCAGGCAGGCGGCCCUGCCACAGCCCCCAAAGACACUGGCCUCCUGCUCCACCUUCCCUGUCCUGGCCCCACCUGUCCUGUUGCUGCCAGCAGGGCCCUUGUUUGGGAUUAUGAACAAACCUCACACACUUUGAGGACCUGGAUGGUCCUGCAUUCACGGCAUCAACACUACCGGCACUGCUGUUAGACACUCCGCCAUUCCUGGUUCUUUGCGAACCGUUCUUUGUACAGUAAAUGUAAUUCAGCUGUG